AAUAAAGGAAUCAUGUUUUUAGAUCUUACAAUAUAUUCUAGUAUUUUCCUUUAUUAAUAGAAAUAGAAUGGCAAUCGUGUAUAACGUUUAUUGUUUUCAGUUUGGCGGUGAUUCCGAUUAUUGCCAAAGUUUAAUCUUUUGAUAUAUGUUUAAAUAUAAAGAGUAAAUGCUUUUAAAGAUGCAUAUGAGUAUUUUUGUUAUCCAGAUUAUAAUGCUAGCUUAUUUAUCUUGCUAUGGCAUUAGAUAUUGACUCUUGAAAUCGAAAUGUUUAGUUAUUUUAUUGCUGAAUUAUAUAUCUGUUACGUAAAAUGAAGAAAAUAUGUUCGGAUUCAGAAACUUGUGGCUCUAUGACGGACCGUAACAAACAUCAAGUGACUCCUCUUAAAACCAGACGUAAAACUUCAAGGCGAGACCAGGGUAUAGAUGUUCACACCAUUUCCUGUUCUACACCAGUUUCUGAACGAUCCCCUCAGAUUUGUAAUAAAAAUCUGGGUUCGCCGUCUUGUUCUAUCCCAUGUUCUCAAGAUAAUUAUCCAGAUGUGAUUUGGGAUUAUACAUCUCCUAAACUUCCUAAGGGUUCGAAAAGGAGGGAAAUUAAAAUCACCGUGAAAGAAUUUCUUGAAAAUUUAAAUCAGGAACAGGUUUCACAAUGCAAUACCCAGUCAGCACAUUAUAUAAAAUUGUUAGAAAAGUGGAUGACUAAAAAAAAAGUUGAUACAACAGUGAAAAAGACACAUCCAAUGACUAAAAGAGAUGCUAAAAAGAAACGUCAUGUAAUGGAAGAUCUAAAACAGUUUCUGGAAACUAUUCAGACGAAAAGUCAAGAAUUAGGUACUGAUAAAGUAGCCACUGAUAUAAGGGAAAGUGUGGUUGCUGAAGAUGUACAAGAAAAUCUAUUUGAAAAUGAAUCUAAAUCAAAUGUUUCUUUUAAAAAGUCACUUCUAGAAGUGGACAAUAAAGAGUUUGAUUCUGCUGAUGAAUUGUGGGGUGAUCUGGAUAACAGUUUUUUAGUAACAGCAACUCAAAUGGAAUCAUGUAAUUCUCUUGCCACAGAUACAUGUAAACAAAAUUUAGAGAUUACAUCAACAAUACCAGAAACAGAACCUUCAAAAGUUGACAAGAUAGUCAUUGAAGAGCCAAAUAUUAUCUAUAAAACAAAAUCAUCUUUAAAUGAAAUAAAUUACAUAGAUUUGCAAGCAAAAUUUUUAGCAUCACAGAUAAUUACUGAAUGGGACUCAGGAUCAGAUGAUGAUUGGGACAAUGGGUAUCUGGAAGCUGAUGUUGCUCUGAGUCUCAUUCCUGAUGAAGUUUUAAGUGGAACUCUUCCUGGUCAAAAGGGAGAAGGUACAGAAAAUGAAAUAUUAAAUGCAACAAAUAAAUCAGACCAAAAUGAGUUUUCUGAACGUAAUUGCAAAGCCAUAGCUUUAAAAGAAUUAGAAUCUUUUUUUGAAGAGGAUACUGAAAAAGUCAGUGAGAAUAAUUUAAACAGCAUAUCUUCAGCAUUAGUCUCUGAAGCUGAAGAAGCAUGUAGUGGAGAGAUUUUCAGUAAUUUUGAUGUAAGUUUUGGUGAUGAAUCUAUUCUUUGCAAACCAGAAGUCCUUUCAUGGAUAGAUGAAGUAGAAAACACAGUGUCACAAAAUCCAAAGUGUACACCAGAAGAAAUCAAAAAGAAAAAAGAUGAAGCUUUGAAAAGGAGGAAAAAAAAAUUUAAUUAGAGAAAAUUUGUCUGAGUUUUGUUAUUAUAUAAAGUGCCUUGAUUAGGUUUCACCUGCUGUAUAUAUCGUGCCAUACAGAUAUCUAUUGUAAGAUGUCACUUUAUAAAAAUAAGUUUAUAAAGAACUAAUUUCAUGCCUAAAAAAGUGUUUAGGUAAAAGAAUUUUGUAAUUUUUUUAAAUGUAAUGAUAGCACAUUGAUAUGUGUUUUUAUUUGUAUAACGGAUUAUCUAAUAAUUUUUGUCAUCUAAGAAUGAAAUUUGAAAUAAAAAAUA